AUUUGAUCGCAAUGCAAAAACAAAGUUACCGCAACCCAGAAUUUUGCACUGUACUGUGGGCGGCAAUAUGUCGAAUAUUUAAUAGAGUGGGACAGUGUAUAUUAGAUUUCUUUCCAAAAUAUCUGCGUUGGUUUGUAAUGUUUUGCUGCUUUUGUGGACAUGGAAUGGAGACGUCGUUUUUCUUUUGCCCGAAUUGCGGAAAGAAAAAAUCCAAUGGAACCUCUGAGCCUUCAAGCAGCUCUGUUAAAUCACCUUGUGUGACUCACUCGACUGGGAACUCCCCCACUUCGUCGAACACGUCUUCAUCUUGUACAAGUUUGUCUACUUUCAUGAAGAACAAGGAGGCUGAACGACGGUCGCAUUUUGAGCCCAAGAGGAAAAAGUCACGCUCUGCAACAUCACGAAAAAAUACUGAUGUUUUUAUAACAGUAGGUUUAAUGGAAUACGACCACGAUGAUUCAUAUACGCCAAGACGGGUUUUUGGUAAAACAUUUCCUGUGAAGGUGACACCGGACAUGGUGUAUGAUCAAGUUGUUAAAAGAUCUUUGACCGAAUGGGCUAACUAUGAUAGAACAUUUUGCCCUGAUAGAGGUUACGUACUUGUUUACCCAGAUGGUCAAUUGGCACGAACAAUUCCUGGUGGGGACGAAGAAUUCGUGAUGGGCAAGUACAAAGAAGAACUUGGGAAAGCGUACUCAAGAAUAAGUUUGUACCUUUGCCCUGUAGCACCAAAACAGAAAGUGAGAGCGAAUGAUGUACUCAUCACUGAUCUACUUACCGAAAACGACGAUUUGGACCUCAAUAGUGAAUUACAAGAAGAAGUGCCUGAAAAUUGUAAUGGAAAUUUGGCAGUAUCUCCAGAAUCCAGUGGAAAUGGGUCUGGGGAAGCUGUUGCAACAUCCUAUGCUUUGACGGACUUUUUACCAGUUGGAGUUGAUGAGAAUGCUGCUGUGCAACAGGCCAUACGUAAUAGCUUGUCUAUGCAUGUCGAUGUGGAAGAUGCAGUUGGUGAUGCUAUCACUGACCCUGAAAUUCUCACAAGUGAUGGUUUCUUGAAUGCAGUUAAAGAGCAUGCAGCAAACAAAAUUCAAGGAGACCCUCGAAACAUUGUUGUUAGCCGAUUAAGCAUAUGGCGAACUGCGCUACCAUAUUUUAGAAGGAAAGGCUUCCUUAGUUCCAGGAAGAUGCCGUAG